ACCUCAACAUCUAAAGAAUUGGUUAAGUUUUGCAUUAAUAAUUGUUCAGGUUCGUAAAAUUACAACAAAAAUCCAUUUUAAUAUGUCGUAAAAUAGUCAUAUGUGAUUUUUGGCAGCAGGUAUUCCUUUACGGCAGGUACCAGAGCGCCAGAUUUGAAAGGAAAAUACGCGUCCUCAUAUCGAUGUUUUAUAUGUGAAAUAGUUUCUUUUAAGAAACGUCGUUAUGUUUAUGGAAACGAUAAGCGAAUUCCUGCAUAAACUGUGGUGAUAUAAUAUAGUGACCAAGUUUUGGGUAAAUUAACCUAUGGAUCAAGUCUCAGAAAUUGGCGAUGCAUUACCCAGUGCACCUCUUUGUCCAUCCAAGUUUCACGUGGAAGUCAAUCAGAACCCAUGUAGCACUGCCAGAGUGUCUCUGGUUCAGGAACAUGUGCUGGCUGCAUUGAGGAAACAGAAAGUUGCUUAUGGAGACUUUACAGUGACCGAGUAUGACGAUGCUUUCCUGACGGAGCAUGUCAAGUCCAUAUCUUUAUGUGAUACAGAUCUGUCCAACACAGGUCGAAAAGCUAUUGACCUGACCUCAUGUAUACUCCAUAUCCAUGUCUUCCAACUUCACGAUGACGGACCGGGCCAGGAGGAGAUUGAUGAUGAAGAUCUUGCUGCAGCCAGUCACUGGCUCCUUCCGUCCUCUGAUUUCCAUGGAAUAUGGGACAGUCUUGUAUUUGAUGAGGAGGUCAAGGCAAAGUUGUUAAACUACGCCACAACCACCUUGCUGUUCUCCGAUCGUGCUGUAGACAGUAAUAUCAUCACCUGGAAUAGAGUUGUCUUGCUACAUGGCCCCCCCGGCACAGGGAAGACGUCGCUGUGUAAGGCCCUGGCACAGAAACUGUCCAUACGACUGUCCGACAGAUACACAUAUGGUCAGCUGAUCGAGGUCAACAGUCACAGCUUGUUCUCCAAAUGGUUCUCAGAGAGUGGGAAGUUGGUGAUGAAGAUGUUCCAGAAGAUCCAGGAACUCAUCAAUGAUCCCGAGUCUCUGGUCUUUGUUCUCAUAGAUGAGGUAGAGAGCCUGACGUCAGCCAGGAAGAGCGCCCUGUCAGGCAGUGAACCAUCAGAUGCUAUACGGGUGGUCAACGCACUCCUUACCCAGAUCGACCAGAUCAAAAGACACCCAAAUGUACUGAUCCUGACAACAUCUAACGUGACCGGUGCUAUAGACUUGGCGUUUGUAGACCGGGCAGACAUCAAGCAGUACAUCGGACCUCCCUCUCCAUGUGCAAUAUUCAAGAUCUACCUCUCCUGUCUCAACGAACUGAUGAGGUCAGGGAUAAUCAGCCCCGCCCAGCAGUUGUUGGACCUCAGAGACCUGGAGGUGAUGAGGUUUAUAGAGAACGAUGCCACUAGACUCAGUCUACACCUCAGGAAUGUUGCUAUCAAGAGCCAAGGUUUGAGUGGAAGGACCCUGCGGAAACUCCCUUUCAUUGCUCACGCCAUGUUUGUGCAGACUUCUACAGUGACGCUGGACGACUUUGUGGAGUAUCUCUCUAAAACAGUGGACCAUCAGUUUAAGGAGAGGGAAGACUUGACCCGAGAGUGACCUGAAUGAAUGUUACACUGGAUGACUUUGUGGAGUAUCUCUCUAAAACAGUGGACCAUCAGUUUAAGGAGAGGGAAGACUUGACCCGAGAGUGACCUAUAUGAAUGUUACACUGGAUGACUUGGUGGAGUAUCUCUCUAAAACAGUGGACCAUCAGUUUAAGGAGAGGGAAGACUUGACCUGAGAGUGACCUAUAUGAAUGUUACACUGGAUGACUUGGUGGAACACCUCUCCAAAACAGUGGACCAGCAAAUAGGAGAGUGAGUACACGUCCAGAGAGUGACCUUCACAGAUGUUAAUCCCCUAUACAGGACCUGUGUUGGAUGUUUUCACCACAAGUUGACCUGACACGUCCAUGAUGUCAGAUAUGGGGAUAGAUGGACUAGUCUUGCACAAGUAUACUUCUCACAGGAUCUCAACAACCACGUGGCCUCUACAUUAGACCUGCACUACCUGCUGUCAACCACAAGAACACACAACUUUCAUUCCUGUCAACUACAUUUCUUUUUGUAUAAUUUACACAUAAUGGACACUUGUUUUUGAUUACAUUUCUUUAAAUGUUUUCAGCUGUGAUAAAUUGUAUAAAAAAGUAUGUAAAAAACAAAUGAAAAGCUUUCCAUUACCUGGUAUUACCAUAUAUUUGAUUGAGACUUUCAGACAUUUAUGUUUAGAUGGCCAUUGUUUCCAUGUUGUUUUAUGCGCCACGUUUCUGUAAAAUACUCCCUCAAACCUGGAACCGCCAGAUUGUAUUUUUAUUGCUGACUCAGCAUUUAUCUCUGUAUAGGUACCCAGGGUUUUACCUUGACCUACAAAACUAGAGGUUGAAGGUACCCCCAUUUAAUAAUGUCAGGGUCCUUAUAGGAAAUAUGAGGGUCCUGUAAUAGUAACAUUCAUCAGGAUUUUUUGCAAAUAUUUUAUAUGGCCAGGAAGUCAGGGAGUUUGACCUUAAUGUUGUUUUUGUAAACAUUCAUCUAGUUGGAAAUGUGACAUAUCAGACUGUUUUAAAUGAAGUUGUUGCCGUAGUGACCAUACUCUUCACUUGUAUAUAUGUAUGAUCCCUGUCAGAUGGAGACAUUAUUUGUACAGAUCUGUUCAAUAAAUGGAGAUCAAACACU